AUGUCGGGCUUUGAUGCUGGGCGAGUUUUUUCCACGCAGGUGCUGUCCGAGGCAGAGGCAUCGCAUGCGCCCGACGCGCCUGUGCAGAUUGAAACGACCUUUUUUGAGUUUCUGCAGCAUUUCCGGCUGGGGAAUGAAUACAUCUACCGCGACCGGCUGCGUGCGAACCUGCUCGUGAAGCAGUACGUGCUCGAUGUCCUGCUUGAGCACGUCCAGAUGUGGAGCCCAACGCUUGCGCAGAUGCUGCGCGAGACACCCACGGACAUCCUGCCGCAGUUUGAGGCGGCAGUCCGGCGCGCGGCGCGCCUGAUUCUGUACCCAGUCAUUGCGGGCGCAGAGCGUCCAGACGCGCCCGAGUGCCAAGUGACGCUGCGGUCCACGGCGAAUUUGACUGCGAUGCGCGACUUGAAUGCGAACAAUGUAGCGCACCUUGUCCGUGUGCCUGGGAUUGUGAUCAGCACUUCAUUUCCCUCCUCGAGGGUCACCGAGCUGCAUCUCAUGUGCCGCGACUGCCGCGGCCUGCGCACCCUGCCUGUCGUCUCUGGGUUCGGUGGCUUUACACUGCCGCGCCAGUGCAAUGCACCCAAAGUAGACGGGAGCAUCAGGUGCAGCGUCGAGCCGUACCUGAUUUUGCACGAAAAAUCCACCUUUGUCGAUACGCAGACCUUGAAGCUGCAAGAGGCCCCCGAGCUUGUGCCAGUCGGCGAGCUGCCGCGCCACAUGCUCCUCUCCGCAGACCGCGCAUUGUGUGGCCGCGUAGUACCCGGCGCAAGCAUCAUUGCGACGGGUAUUUUUUCCACGUUUGUGACGCGCAACAGCGCAACACCCAAUGCCGUAGCACUCCGCACGCCGUACCUGCGCGUGCUUGGGAUGGAGAUCGAUGCCGGUGGCCCUGGCGGCCGCGGUGCUGCGCGCGUCUUUACCGCGGAGGAGGAAGACGAGUUUAGCCGGAUGGCCAAGACGCCAGGCCUGUACCAGAAAUUCGCGCAGAGCAUCGCGCCGAGCAUCUUUGGCAGCGACGAUAUAAAAAAAGCAAUUACCUGCCUGCUAUUUGGCGGCUCUAAAAAGGUGCUGCCGGAUAGUAUGCGCCUGCGCGGCGACAUUAAUAUUCUGCUGCUCGGCGAUCCAGGGACGGCCAAGAGCCAGCUGCUCAAGUUUGCCGAAAAAGUAUCGCCGAUUGCCGUGUAUACCUCUGGAAAAGGCAGUAGUGCCGCGGGUCUUACCGCGUCGGUCAUGCGUGAUCCCAACAGUGGCGAGUUCUUCCUCGAAGGCGGCGCUAUGGUGCUGGCCGACGGCGGAGUCGUGUGCAUCGAUGAGUUUGACAAGAUGCGCGACGAAGACCGCGUCGCAAUCCACGAGGCCAUGGAGCAGCAGACCAUCUCGAUUGCCAAGGCGGGCAUCACUACUGUGCUCAACUGCCGCACGGCAGUGCUUGCCGCUGCGAAUCCAGUGUGGGGCCGGUACGACGAGAUGAAGUCGCCGGGAGAGAAUAUCGACUUUCAGACCACCAUCUUGAGCCGUUUCGACAUGAUCUUUUUGGUCAAGGACGAGCACAGUGCGGCCCGCGACCAGAAUAUCGCACGCCACGUCAUUAGCAUCCACAUGAACGGCGCUGCAGAUGCGGGCGACGCCGAGGGCGAGAUUGAUUUGCAGCGCAUGAAGCGGUACAUUAGUUUUUGCCGCGCGCGCUGCGCGCCGCGGCUCACUGCCGAGGCUGCUGAGAAACUCUCGAGCCACUUUGUCGCGAUCCGCAAGCAGGUCGCACAAGUCGAGCGCGACCACGCCGAGCGCUCUGGUAUUGCCAUCACCGUUCGCCAGCUCGAAGCCAUUAUCCGCAUCAGCGAGGCGAUCGCGAAAGUAACGCUGAGCGCCAACGCAACCGAAGAGCACGUCGACGAAGCGAUCCGUCUUUUCCGAUUCAGUACCAUGAAUGCGGUGGAGAGUGGCAAUGUCGAGGGAAUGACGCGCGGCGAACUUCAGGAAGAGGUCCAGAAGCUCGAGCGCGAGAUACGGCGCAGGCUGCCGAUUGGAUGGAGCACGAGCCAGACCAAGCUACGCAUCGAGUUUGUCGACAAGCAGCACUACUCGCAGCACGCGUUCGACCGCGCGCUCUACAUUUUCGAAAAACGCGACGUGCUGCGCUUUUCGAACCAGCGCAAGGCGGUAACACGUGUAGGUGUGUAA